GAUUAGAGCUGCGCUGUUCGCCACAUAGAUAUCUAUGGUUCGCCACACCAGCUUGUCCAGCGCACGGGACUCGGCCUCGAUCCUCUCGGCGAAUAACACCUGUGAACAUCUCAGGUCCACUCUGUGUUAGCUGGAGUGGCUGCCAUGGGUGACACAUUGGAGUUCAAUGAAAUUUAUCAGGAGGUCAAAGGCUCCUGGAAUGAUGGGCGCUUGCGCUUAAGUAAACAGACGGUGGUGUAUAAAAACAGUAAGACCGGGAAAGUAGACACCAUUUCUGUCACUGAGCUCACACAGGCGCAGUGGAGGAGAGUCUGUCUGGGUCAUGGCAUUAAACUGUCCACCAGCACCGGUCACAUCUACAAAUAUGAUGGCUUUAAAGAUACUGACUUUGAGAAGAUCUCAGAGUACUUCAAAACCAACUACAAAGUGGAGCUGACAGAGAAAGAUAUGUGCGUGAAGGGCUGGAAUUGGGGCACUGCAAAGUUUAAUGGACCAUUACUUUCAUUCGAGGUGAAUGACAAUUCUGCAUUUGAGAUCCCUCUCUCCAGUGUAUCCCAGUGUGCAACGGGAAAGAAUGAGGUCACAUUGGAGUUUCAUCAGAAUGAUGACACAGAGGUGUCUCUCAUGGAGGUGCGCUUCUAUGUCCCACCUACCCCAGGAGACGAGGGUUCAGAUCCUGUGGAGGCAUUUGCUCAGAACGUUCUGUCCAAGGCAGAUGUGAUCCAGGCUACAGGAGAUGCCGUGUGUAUUUUCAGAGAGCUGCAGUGUCUCACACCCAGGGGCAGGUACGAUAUCCGCAUUUAUCCCACAUUCCUCCAUCUGCAUGGUAAAACGUUUGACUACAAGAUCCCAUACACCACAGUGCUCCGCCUCUUCCUGUUACCUCAUAAAGACCAGAGACAGAUGUUUUUUGUGAUCAGUCUGGACCCGCCCAUUAAACAGGGCCAAACCCGCUAUCAUUUUCUCAUCCUUCUGUUUUCCAAAGAAGAGGACCUCAGUCUGACGCUCAACAUGAACGAGGAUGAGGUGGAGAGACGUUUUGAGGGGAAGCUUAAUAAAAAUAUGUCUGGAUCUCUCUAUGAGAUGGUCAGCAGAGUCAUGAAGGCCCUGGUCAACAGGAAGAUCACAGUCCCUGGAAAUUUUCAAGGUCACUCAGGUGCACAGUGUAUAACGUGUUCAUAUAAGGCAAGUUCAGGUCUGUUGUAUCCGCUAGAAAGGGGUUUUAUCUACGUGCACAAGCCUCCCGUACAUCUGCGCUUUGAGGAGAUUGCCUGUGUGAAUUUCGCCCGAGGAACCACCACCACCCGCUCCUUCGACUUCGAGAUCGAGACCAAGCAGGGCAAUCAGUACACAUUCAGCAGCAUUGAGAGAGAGGAAUAUGGGAAGCUCUUUGACUUUGUUAAUGCUAAGAAGCUAAGCAUUAAGAACAGAGGCUUCAAAGAGGGCAUGAAAGGUAACGACAAUAUGUACAGUGACUCAGAUGAUGACCAGCAUGAUGCUUAUCUGGAACGCAUGAAGGAGGAGGGCAAGAUCCGUGAGGAGGGUAACGACAGCGACGACUCGGAGGGCGAGAGCGAUGAAUCUUUUAAUCCUGGAGAAGAAGAUGAUGACAUUGCUGAAGAGUAUGACAGUAAAGCCUCUGCCAGUGAAAGCAGUGGCAAUGAAGGCGACAGUGAUGGAGACCGGAAGAAGAAACCAGCCAAGAAAGCCAAAUUAAUAAAAGAAAGAAAACCACGCAAGAAGGAGAAAAAGGUAAAGGACAGCGAUGCCCCCAAAAGGCCAAUGAGUGCCUACAUGCUGUGGCUGAAUUCAAGUAGAGAACGUAUCAAAUCAGAGAACCCGGGCAUCUCUGUCACAGAAAUCUCAAAAAAAGCUGGAGAAAUGUGGAAACAGAUCAGCAGAGAGAAGAAAGAGGAGUGGGAAGGAAAAGCAGAAAUUGCCAAGAAAGAGUACGAACGAGCAAUGAGGGAAUACAAAGAGAGCGGUGGAGGCUCCUCUGGCUCCUCAAAAAAGGAAAAGAAGAAGAAGAAAGGAGCCAAGAAUGAAGAAAAGAGGAAAAAGCCAAGUGGUGGGAGAGAGAAAGAGAAGGAGCGAGCAACAGGCAAUGACAGUUUUAAGAGUCGAGAGUUCAUAUCCAGUGAUGAGAGCUCAUCAGAGUCUGAAAAGGGCAAAAGGCGCAAGCGCAAGGGGUCUGAUGAUGAAGAGGAAGUGGCCAGCACACCACCAAGCUCUGAAGAGUCUGCCUCAGACUGAAAGACACAAAUGACAGAUCUAUUAAGUAACAAACCUAUUCCAGUUACUUCAUCUCUUGACUCUGAUUGGUUGAUAGCUAUGGGUUUUAUUUAUGCUAAAACACAGCUGUGAUCACUGCACCUAACGAUUCUAUGUAUCACUGCACAGCACCCUUAGCAAUGUAAACAUAUAUGAAGCUUUCUUGUGUUUGUUCACAGUCAGUCAGGACUAUUUUUUAUAUUACUUUAUGAAAGUUGCAUUGAUAAAUAUUUUUUGCUUUAAAGGUACAGUAUGGGAUUUAAGCGGCAUCUAGUGGUGAGAUUGCAAGUUGGAACCAAACGCAAUUAGAAGCUACGGUAGCUGCCACAGGACAAAUGUUCCAACGUAGGGACGAAACGCGGUCUGUAGAGCAGUUUGUCCAUUUAGGGCUACUGUAGAAACAUGACGGCGACUUCAUGUAAGGAGACCCGCAGUGUAUGUAGAUAAAAACAGCUCAUUCUAAGGUAAUAAAACAAUACAGUUCAUUAUGUGAGGUCUUUAUACACCACUUAUAGGAUAGUUAUGUCUAUUAUAUUGCAUUGAUGUCCUUAUAAAAGUUACACAUUGCACCUUUAAUAUUAGUAUUGUGUGGCAGCUGUUUGUAUCUACGCGAAGCGAGGUAACUUAUUCCACUACACAGCACACUCUUAUACCAUAUUGAUUACUUAAAUCUUUCCCUGCCAUUGACAAGCUAUCUUGUCAAUUAUAUCGUUGAGUUACCUUGUCAAUUAUUUUGUUGAGUUUCCUCGUCAAUUAUUUAGUUGAGUUAUCUUGUCGUUUAGGAGAAAACGCUUUCCUGCCUAUACCAUUUUUUACAGCAAUCCAUAUUUCUGUUAUUAUCCACUAGGUGGCGCUCUUACCCAACUUAUAAAACACUAAAGCAUCCAUGGUUUCAAAAGCAGUAAAAAUUCAGUGUAUGUUUUAAUCAUCGCUCUGAUUCUGAUCUUUAACAAAAGUCAUUUACAAAAAAACACAAUUAUCUCAGCUUUUUGCUCAAAAUGUGUUAUUGAAGAAACCAAAUAUUUGAGGGUUAAUAAAAAGAAUACAAACGAAGAUAGGAUGAAACUUUUUGGUUUGUUUAAAAGCAGAGUGUUUGUUCUUUCAUUUGAUAUAUUGUAUGUUUAUAUAUUCAUAGAACAUUUUCUGGAACUUCUGGAACUUUGGUGAAAAUGAUAAAAAAUGCUGGCGCUGGCUGGCAAAAUGCUGGCAGAAAAUGAGUUAAUGCACUUGAUCUGAUGGUAGAUACUGUAUCUGUCAGAUGAAAUUCUCAUAAAUGUUAUAGCAUGAAAUGCUUAAAGCAACACUAUGAAGUUUUUCGACCUUUAAGUCUCUAAAAUUAUUUUUUAACCGGACGAAUUUUACUGCUUCUAGCGGCUACAACCACACUCUGUAAGCUCCGCCCAUCCGCUGCCUGCAGAAGAGUGUCUGAAACCAGACACUGUUGUGCUCUUUAACCACAUGGGGGAGCCGUAAGCCAAUCAUACAUGAAGAACUACAUAAUGUUGCUUUAAAUGUCACGAUUAUCAAGACGUUUAGAAAAUUGUGUAUAAAGUUGUAUGUGUAUUUAGCGCAUGUUGUACUGUCCAAUUUUAAAUCACACUGUUUAUCUGCCUGUAUAGAGAAAUUUCACUGUACUACAAACACAAAAGAAACCAUAUACUGGGCACAGCUAUUGAGCUUGCUUUAUCUGUAUUUGAAUGACAGUUUUGUGUAAUUUUGUGGAAAAUUGUAUUUUAAAGUGUCACUGUUGCAGUGUAACAAUAAGUUUUACAUAAUAAUAUUAUUUAAAGGUACAUUAUGGGUUUUAGCGGCAUCAAGUGAAAUCAAGCAAUUUCAAAACACAAUGAGAAGCUACGGUAGCCGCCACAGGACAAACAAGUCAUCAUCUGAGACAACAUAGAGACGAAACACGUUCUGUAGAACAGUUCGUUCAUUUAGGGCUACUGUAGAAACGCCGACUUUCAUGUAAGGGGACCCGCAUUGUAUGUAGAUAAAACGUCUCAUUCUAAGGUAAUAAAAACAAUACAGCUCAUUAUGUAAGGUCUUUAUACACCACUGAUAAUAUUGUUAAGUGUAUUAUAUUGCAUUUCUGUCAAGAGUUUCUACUAAAAGUUACACAUUGUACCUUUAACAACAUGUACUUACUGUAGUAUAGGGUUAGGAUUAGCGUUUGGUUUAGGGUUAGUUGCAUGUUAUUAGGCAUAAUUACCAUUAUUACUAUAAUAAUUACAUGUAACGUGUAACAAAGGCACUGUAAAAUAAAGUGUUAAAAUUUU